GCUAGCACCUUUAGCACCCUCUCAACCUGUGGAGGUUCAGCGAUACAGGCUGUACCACUGAGGCAGACAGCGCUUUAUUGAAGAAGGACAGGAAAACGUAUUCGCAAGGCGCCUCUCUGUAUGUCCGCGCGUCCCUGCUCUAGACCGACCGCUCCAGACGCCGCAGGAGGAGGCAGGCUCCUUAACAGAUUGGAUGGUUUUGCCAUAAUGACCGCAGAGGACUCCGCAACGAAACCCGCCACCAUGACCACACCCAACCCCAGCUCCCAGCCUGCCUGCCACCCCCAGCAACCCCACACCUCCGUGCCCGAGGGGGUGGCCGGGGCCCCCAACGAGGCGGCCCUGGUAGCCCUGAUGGAGCGCACGGGCUACGGCAUGGUCCAGGAGAACGGCCAGCGAAAGUACGGCCCCCCGCCCGGGUGGGAUGGCCACGCCCCCCCGCGGGGCUGCGAGAUCUUCGUGGGGAAGAUCCCGCGGGACGUCUACGAGGACGAGCUGGUGCCCGUCUUCGAGUCGGUGGGGCGCAUCUACGAGAUGCGCCUGAUGAUGGACUUCGACGGGAAGAACCGGGGCUACGCCUUCGUCAUGUACACGCAGAAGCAGGAGGCCAAGCGGGCCGUGCGGGAGCUCAACAACUACGAGGUCCGCCCGGGGCGGCUCCUGGGCGUCUGCUGCUCCGUGGACAACUGCCGCCUCUUCAUCGGGGGCAUCCCGAAGACCAAGAAGCGCGAGGAGAUCCUGGAGGAGGUCUCCAAGGUGACCGAGGGUGUGCUGGACGUCAUUGUGUACGCCAGCGCCGCCGACAAGAUGAAGAACCGCGGCUUCGCCUUCGUGGAGUACGAGAGCCACCGGGCGGCGGCCAUGGCCCGGCGCAAGCUGAUGCCGGGCCGCAUCCAGCUGUGGGGCCACCAGAUCGCCGUGGACUGGGCGGAGCCCGAGAUCGACGUGGACGAGGACGUGAUGGAGACAGUCAAGAUCCUCUACGUGCGCAACCUGAUGAUCGAGACGUCGGAGGAGACGCUGCGGCAGGUCUUCGGCCAGUUCAACCCCGGGUGCGUGGAGCGCGUCAAGAAGAUCCGCGACUACGCCUUCGUGCACUUCGCCAACCGCGGCGACGCCGUCCUCGCCAUGGACAACCUCAACGGCACGGAGGUGGAGGGAUCCUGCAUCGAAGUGACUCUCGCCAAGCCCGUCGACAAGGAGCAGUACACUCGAUACCAGAAGGCUGCCAAGGGGACCACCCCCGCCCCAGAGACCCCCCAGACCAACUACAUUUACCAGUGCGAUCCCUACACCCUCACUUACUAUGGGUACCCUUACAAUGCACUCAUAGGGCCCAACAGAGAAUACUUCAUCAAAGCAGGUGCUAUAAGAGGGCGGGGCCGCGCAGCCUCAGGGAGCAGGGCCGCGGGCCCACGAGGGUCUUAUCUGGGGGGCUACUCGGCCGGGCGCGGCAUAUACAGCAGGUACCACGAGGGCAAGGCCAAGCAGCAGGACAAGCCGUACGAGCUGGUGCCCAGCCUGGAGCUGGCAGCCGUCAACCCAGUGGGCAUCAAGCCGGGCGCAAGUCAGUUGACUCUCCCAACUCUGGGCGGUCAGUACCCCAUGUUCUCCAGUGGCCCCGCUGCUAAACUAUUGGAGGAGGGGAAGAUGCACGCGGUCGAGCACCUGAUCAACCCCCUGGCCAUGCAGCACGACCACUCCACGGCCGCCGCCGCCGCCACUGCCGCCGUCCUUCCCGCCGUCUCCACCCCACCCCCAUUCCAGGGCCGACCCAUCACCCCGGUGUACGCCAUGGCCCACAACGUCCAGCGCAUCCCGACGGCGGCAGCGGCGGCGGCCGGCCUCUACGGGGCCGGCUACGGGGCCAGCUACGCCAUGCCCAUCGCCGCGCCGACCACCGCCACCCUGGCGGCCCUGCAGAAGAACGCGGCCGUGGCGGCGGCCGCGUACGGGGCCUACGCCGGCUACAUGCCUCAGGCCUUCCCCGCCGCCGCCGCCUUCCAGGUGCCCAUUCAUGACAUCUAUCAGACCUACUGAAGGAGCCUGUGGCCGGGCCGCGCUCUCUGACGCCCCCUACACGGACAAGAAGGAAACUGAAGAAACACUGAAGUACUUACAAAGCGCAAUAUCUCUUUUUAACGUUCUGAAGUUUGCUGGUUUGUGUCCAAAGCUCAGAAGUUUUUAACAGAAGUUAUUUUAGUAAAGUAAGACUUUUUCAACAACAAAACAAAACUUCAUAACAGAAACAGAAAAGAUCACUGAAGACAGAUGUGACAAAAAAACAUAUAUUUUCAGAAAUACUGUGUUUGUUAACAGGAGUUAACAUCUUUCUAGAGUUUUAUAGACAAUUUAAUGGGGGUUUUUUUAGACGCUUGCAUCUUCCGUCCAUACACUGUCUAAAGUUUCGAAAGAGGAUGUUUAUCAUUAUUCAUGUAUUAUUAUUAUUGUUAUUAUUAUUAUUAUUUCUGUUUUUAUUGCUUUGGUUAUGAUGUUGUGAAUGUUAUUCCUGUUGAGGUGGUUUAUCUUUAUAAAAUGAUGUGGUACAGUAUGAAGUUUUUAUAUAAGUGGUGCACUCCAGGAUUAGGCUGAGCCUCUUUUCACAGAACAUUGUCUCUAAAAACAUACAAUGACUGCACAUACAAAAGACAGCCACACACUGUGACAUUUAAGUCACACUGAUAAUACAAAAGAACCGACACAGGUACUACAGGCACCAUCUUAGAGCGCAGUUGUUAUUUGAAUAUUUUCAACCAUGUCGAAAUGUCUUGGGUAUCAGACUUUCUUUUGAAAGACUUGAUUCUGCAUUUUUCAUUUACCAAAGACUUGUGUUUUGGCCGACUGAUAUAACAAACUUGUCUGUGAGGUCAGGAAUCUUUCAGGAAUCCUUGAUAGGGCUCAUUCUCACUGGUCAAAAGUUUGGUGUAGGUAGAGUAUGCAAUAUCAGUUUCAGGACUCUCCAAACGGUUGCUUACAUUUUUGUAGAAUCUCACCUAAGAUCCCUUUCAGCAUUAUCAGGUGUCCAUUAAAAAAGCAGUGCACUAGAGACUGAUGGGACAUGGAGUUCAUAACUUGUCAAACACACUUCACAAACUCAUGCUCCUCCCAUUAAGCUCUCUGUGAUUCUUUGCCUUUUAAAUACAUUCCAGUGCUCAGUCUGCUCAUACAAGCCAGUUGCUAAAACAGUAAUACAUGGUAGUGUGUGUGAAUUUUCUAAAUUAUUCUGUGCCUGCAUACUGUUUACAGCUACUUCUGACAACUGACAAACCCUGAAAUAUGAAGGACACAGAAUUAUGUCAAUUGGUUGCCUACACCAUUCUGGGAACACUACCAGAGGGUGUUAUGUCUCCAUUGACUUCACUGUAACUGAAAUGAGAACUUUUAAAAAACCCUUCUGCAUAGAAUAUACCUAUUUCUCUUGGUAUUUCUCUCACUUCAAUCAUUUUAUCAAUUUAAAUCAGCACCACCAAUCAUAAUGCAACAUCUAGCAUGAAUGUGGUUCAUUUUUCAGCUGCCAGUAACAUGCUCUAUGAUGCCAUUAUAUACAACCCGGGAUGAAUUGAAAAUAGCAGAUAUUCUAUUAAUAUUCCAUAAACCCCCAACACUCCCCCAUUUAUUAUGUUUGUUACAGCAAUGUACACCAUCUGAAUUUAACUUCUGAUGCACUGUUUAUUCAUUGUGUUCAACAUCCCUGCUCUAAAUUCAGACCCCAAAAUAAGCACAGUGAGCUUUAGCCACGGUAUGUAUUGUACAGGGAGGCAAGCUGAUGGAGAACAGGCAGAGAUAGAAUGAGACAGACAUUGUUUAAGCUGCGUACAGAACUGGAACUCCUGUAGACCUAUUUUACUUGACCUCUUAGAGCACUAUGGCGUACAUGUGUAACAAAGAGGAAGCAACACGUAAGGGUGUGAGCAUGGCUAGCUUCUAUCUUACUCGACAGCCAAGUGCGUUUUUCCAUCAAAAUAUGGCAUAUUUAAGAUUCAGCGUGUUUCUCUUAUGUGACUUAUUCUACAUGUGAUUUUCAAAAUAAUUUUGUAGCUUCUAUAGCCACUAUGCUGGGCUUCCCACUAUAUUUAAACGGGAACUUCACACUAAAGUACAUUUUUAUUCUGUUCAGUUAUAAUAUGUGAGAAAGGCAUCAAUUGUAACAUUACUGUAUAGCUUUCUAGCUUUCCAUCUCCCAUCCUGAAAAUAUCUGUGUAAAGUGGUAUGAUUCACAUCAUGGGGUAGCCACACCCAUUGUAUAGGUAUUUUUAAGAGAGGCCUUCUGAAUUCAGGACACAAACAAUAAAAUAUCUAAACAUCUAAACAAAUAUAACUUUGAAAAAUGUCGGGGUCAUUGAAAUAUAAUGAUAUCAAAUUAGGACGUAGUUUCACUUUUAGGAUAUCAUAGAUUUGGGGAUGUCUAGAUUUGCAAUUUUGGAUUGCAAAAUACUAUAUCUUCUUAACAAAUAAUCACUCCUCUUAUCCUCUGUUCUGUACAGCCUGAAGCACUGCACGUGGGCUGAUAUUACAUUGCAUUUAUCUUUUAUUUUGUUUUGGAUUUAACUGCCAUCAGCACGGGAGAUAAAUUGCAUAUUUGAAAGAAAGAGACUUGACAUUUUGCAAGGAGUGGGGAAAAAAAGAUUGAGAUGAAGCCUGAAUCAUGCUUAUUUGUAUCAUUUGGGUCCACAUGAGAAAAUAAUUAGAAACAUUCCCCAAUGUAAUUUUACAAGCACUUUUCUGUACUUUGUGUCUGUAUGAAGGACAUUGCAUUUUGUGCCGUGCGACGCGUAUAAAAGAUAAAAUCCUGGGAAUGUACUCUGUGAACUGUGCAUUCCCACAGGUCCAAGCUGCUCAUCUGGGAACAAGAGAGGUCAGAGCACUCUUACUUGACUAUCACCAAGUAUAAGUGAAUGUCUGAUCUUUCACAGUACUCAAAAAGCAUUUCCUGUUUUAUACGUGAGACCACUUCUAGGUACAAGACAUGCAUUUUGAUGAAGUAACUUGUGUAUUUAAAGUGAAGCCAAACAAAUAUGCAAUACAGGGGUGGUUCUGGUGUCUUUGAAGAAAAUAUUUCUAUAGGUUGUGUAUUUUCCAGCUGGGUUUUUCCGUUGUUGUCUUGAUAAAAACAAUAUUAUUUACUUGGGUGCAUUAACAUUUUCACAAGAAAUGGUUUGUAUUUAGGGUUUUUUUUUUUUUUUUACUAUUUUGAGGGUUCUUUCUCUUAUUUACUUCACUGUUUGUAACUGGAAUGUGCUGUACCCAUUGUGUAUUGGCGUACACGCUUAAAUGUUGCUUUAAAUGUUUGGUCCUUCCUUUUCAUUAUUUCGAGAGUGUUCAUAUAACUAUAAUAUUUAGUCUGACACGAGUAAUGUCACUGUCCAUGUGUACCUGUCCCGUGUCACGGACUGUGGCCUAUGUUGGCCAAAAGAGAGGACGGGCACACAGCAAUGCUACCCAUAGAAGUUGUGCGGAAGAAAAUAAUUUAAUGCUGGCAUUGCUUUGCUGCAUGGACUUGCGUCUUGUUCCAUUGUAUUUCAAUGUGUUUUUAAAAAAAUGUGGUAUUACCUUGCUGGAACAGGAACUUUGAUGCCCGUGCAGUGUUCACAGCCUGUUUAAAGGCUGUUCUUGUGGUGUUUAGAAAUGUUUAUAACCUAUAAAAUGUUCCUUAUUAACGCUCUUUAUGACAACAGGAGUCGGGACAUAUUUAAUAUAUGCAGUGAGAGUGUGUUGUAUAUGAAGCUAAGCAAAUACUGAGAAGAUAUAGUAUAAUAUAUUUGGAAAAAAACAUAUCCUUUUACUUUAUUUCUCUCUUGUUAUGGAGCAUAACCUCAACCACAACUGUUUGCCAAAGUGUCCAAUGAUAUGAGAACAUUUCUGAUAAAAGAGUUCAUAUUAUAUGUUGUGCUUAUUUGUUGUACAAAGGGGAGGAGGAGGUGUUCCCUAAUUCAUUUCAGAGAGCAAGUAAUUUCAUUUGCUGCUCAGUUUCAACUGAAUUGCGAUUUAGGGAAUUGACAAGCCUCCUAUGAAGAAACCAUUCUUCUCCUGUGAUCAUUUCACUAACACUACAUAAGUAGUACCCUUAACUUGAAAAGGUUUCUAGCUACUUAAACGAACAAUGCUUUGAAAGUUUAUGAAAUAUUUUAGACUAUGUUUUAGUGUGCUUUUUUGCCAAAAUGUACUUUAUCUUCUGCAUCUUCUUAGGCCUUUUAUCUGUUUUCUAUUUUUGUGAUGUUUUUAAAAAAUUUAUUCAGGACUAUUUGCCUUUGUAGUUGUAAGUAGUUAAUAAAGCAUUUUUAAAAGGA